AUGAACAUUAAAAUACGGCUCCUCAGGCUUCUCACCAUGCUCCCUCUGGCGAUGGUUGUCUCCGCCGGCCCCGUCCCGGUUAAUGAAAGCCCCAGCGGCGAGGUUGAGGCGCGCGCCUGCGUCUGGGGAACCUGGGCCGAGUGCCACGACUAUUUCAUCAAGACGUGCCCGUUGACGUGCAGUAGCGGUCGCCCUGAGGAGCGUUUGAGAUGCACGAGCCAGUGUAUCAACGAUGCUACUAGCAACUGUCAGGAGUGGUGCUAA